AUGGACGACAUCUUCACGCAGUGCCGGGAGGGCAACGCCGUGGCCGUGCGGCUGUGGCUGGACAACACCGAGAACGACCUCAAUCAGGGGGAUGACCACGGCUUCAGCCCCCUGCACUGGGCAUGCCGCGAGGGCCGUGCCAGCGUGGUGGACAUGCUGAUAAUGCGUGGUGCCCGCAUCAACGUCAUGAACCGCGGUGAUGACACCCCCCUGCACCUGGCAGCCAGCCACGGGCACCGUGACAUCGUCCAGAAGCUGCUGCAGUUCAAGGCAGACAUCAACGCGGUGAAUGAGCACGGGAACGCUCCGCUGCACUAUGCCUGCUUCUGGGGGCACCAGCAGGUGGCAGAGGACCUGGUGGGCAGCGGUGCCCUGGUCAGCGUCGCCAACAAGUACGGAGAGACUGCCCUGGACAAGGCCAAGGCACCACUGCGGGAAGCCCUGCGAGAGCGUGCCGAGAAGCUGGGGCAGAGCCUGACCAAGAUCCCCUACAAGGACACCUUCUGGAAGGGCACCACCCGCACCCGGCCCAGGAAUGGCACCCUCAACAAGCUGGCUGGCAUCGACUUCAAGCAGCUGAGCCUCAGCCAAAAGCUCAACGAGAACCAGUCAGGAGAGCUGUGGAAGGGGCGCUGGCAGGGCACCGACAUAGUCGUCAAGAUGCUGAAGGUCAGGGACUGGACCACGCGCAAGAGCAGAGACUUCAAUGAGGAGUACCCCAAGCUACGGAUUUUCUCCCACCCCAAUGUGCUGCCAGUGCUGGGAGCCUGCCAGGCGCCCCCAGCGCCACACCCCUGCGUCGUCUGCCACUGGAUGCCCUUCGGCUCCCUCUACAACGUCCUGCACGAGGGCACCAACUUUGUGGUGGACCAGACACAGGCAGUGAAGUUCGCGCUGGAGCUGGCUCGGGGCAUGGCCUUCCUGCACACGCUGGAGCCGCUCAUCCCUCGCCACCACCUCAACAGCCGCAGCGUCAUGAUUGAUGAGGACCUGACGGCGCGGAUCAGCAUGGCUGACGCCAAGUUCUCCUUCCAGUGCCCGGGCAGGAUGUAUGCCCCGGCCUGGGUGGCACCAGAGGCCCUGCAGAAGAAGCCUGAGGAGAUCAACCGGCGCUCGGCUGACAUGUGGAGCUUCGCCGUGCUGCUGUGGGAGCUGGUGACCCGCGAGGUGCCCUUUGCAGAUCUCUCCAACAUGGAGAUUGGCAUGAAGGUGGCCCUCGAGGGGCUGCGCCCUACCAUCCCCCCUGGCAUCUCCCCACACAUCUGCAAGCUGAUGAAGAUCUGCAUGAACGAGGACCCUGCCAAGCGCCCCAAGUUCGACAUGAUUGUGCCCAUCCUGGAGAAGAUGCAGGACAAGUAG